AUGAGCUGUGUCAUGCAUAAAUUGGACCCCACAGUCUCAACGAAGCUGAGAGCACAGCAGCAUAUCACAUCCGUACCUUCAGUGGUGAGAGAGUUGCUCCAUAAUUCAGCUGAUGCAAAAGCUACACAAAUAAAGAUUGUAGUUGAUUUUAAGAAAUCAAUGGUCUAUGUGCAAGAUAAUGGUAAUGGUAUACAACCUGAUAAUUUAGAAACUGUAGGAAAGUUAAAUUAUACUUCAAAUAUCACAACAUUAAAUGAUAUAAAGGAAAACGAUAAGUACGGUUUUAGAGGGGAGGCUCUUUACCACAUUGCAUCUGUUUCUCAUGUGAAAGUUAUAUCAAAGUCAAAGGAUUAUAAUUCGACUUGGAUCAAAUCGUUAAAUGAUAAUACUUGUGGGAUUUAUUCAGGCGAAGGUGGUGGACAUUUUAGUAUACAUGAUUCUGGUACAAUAAUUUUAAUUGAAGAUCUAUUUUAUAACGUGCCUGUCAGACAAACAAUGUUAUCAAAAUAUUCAGAGCCCAGUUUAAUUUUGCAAAUCAAAAAUGAUAUCUUUCAAGUUUCGAUAGCAAACCCAAUGAUCGAUAUUAUCGUGUAUGAUGUCACCGGUUCAACGGAAGAAUUAACUUAUAAAGAUACAAAGAGUAGUUACGUCUUGAUCGACAUGAAACCAUCUUUAUGUAAAAACAGAAAACUAAACACUUCACAAAUAUUUUUCAAUAGCUACAUGAAUAUUUACGAUUCAUCAUUUUCAAAGUCAAAUAUCAAACAAAUCAAUAUCAAGUUUCGUGAUUAUGUUCUGGAAGGGAUAAUUUCUAGAAGUGGCACCUCAUACAAAAAUAGAAAAUUCAUAUACAUUAAUGGAAGGCGCUAUAUAAACAACGUAUUUCUACGUAGUAUUGAUAAUAUAUUUCAAUCUGUAGGAUUUGGAUCGAACAAUGAUGAUAAUGUGUUUUUGAACAGUUCCAAGAGAAAACAGUAUUCUAAAUAUCCAAUUAUAAUAUUAAAUGUCAAAUGCAAGUUAGAACUAAGUGAUUAUAUUCAAGACCCAACCAAACAGUUCAUCAAUCUUUCAAAGAAAGAUAUCAUCGAACCUUUAAUAUAUGAAGCAAUUAAUACAUUUUUAAUUAGACAGGGAUACACACCAUCCAAUGUAAAAACAAUCAGCGACAUGUCAUCGGAAAAGCUGGGGGAUAUUUCACCACGUAAAUCCAAUCAAAGUUUAUCUUUAGCUGCCCCGGAAUAUGGUGACAUCUCUUUAAACAUUAUAUUCAAUUCAAAAGUCACAACUAACAAAAUUACCAAAACAGAACUACGAGGUAGAUAUAAGGUAUCCCAAACAAUGCAUAAAUCAACUCAACAUUUCAUCAACAUAAGAAAUAUUUUACAGAAAAGAAAUCAAAUCGACAGUCUUCAAGACAGUUCUUAUUUUAGCAAUAUUAACAAGAAAGAAAACAAAAUACAUUUGGCAAGUAAUAAAAUUGAACCUGGCUUCAACCUCCAACAAUAUGUAACCUCACUGAAUCAGAAAUUUCAAUUGGAUAAAUUGCAUUUAGAUGACUUACAAGUAAUUAAUCAAAUUGAUAACAAAUUUAUUUUAACCAUCCUUCCGGACAUGAAUGUUAGGACCAAUUACAGUUUAAUUAUCCUUGAUCAACAUGCAUGUGAUGAAAGAAUAAAAUUAGAACAAUAUUUGAACGAAUAUAUUAAAGGAGUAAUUAAUAAAGAUAUCGACCUGGAGGUCACAAAAAAUAUCAAUAUUAAUAUAUCGAAAAAUGAUGCAUCACUUUGCAAUUAUUUCAAAAACGAGUUUGAGUGUUGGGGGAUUAUAUUUGAAAUAGAUGACGCAUAUCCCAACUCACCACUGCUUAAAAUAUUAAAGUUGCCGAAAGAUUUAAUUACAAAUAAAUAUUGUGAUCUAGAUUAUCUCAGAACUGCAUUACUUGCACACACACAUGACCUGCAAAAAUCUGUCAAGUCUAAAAUCCGGCCCAAAUUAUCUCAUAAUAAAUUUGUAGAUUGGUAUUUAUAUCUUAACUACGUUCCUGAUUUUGUCUUAGAUCUUUUCAAUACGAAAGCAUGUAGAUCUGCGAUUAUGUUUGGUGAUCCUUUGAGUAAAAAUGAAUGUUCUGUAGUAGUUAAGUUAUUAUCAAAUUGCCACUUCCCAUUCAAAUGUGCUCACGGCAGACCGUCAAUUUUUCCACUUAUUCAAUGUAAACUUGAUGAAGAGUCCUUCAACAUAUCAUUAAAAACUUCACUCUGGAAUGAAGAUUAUAAAAUUACUUAA